GCCGACCGGAGAAGAAGCAAUUAGAUCGAGCAGCUUAGAAAUCCUGGCAGGUCACUUCGGAGGCACGGGAAGCUGCAUUUCAGCUCCUCACUAGUCGCCGCAUGAUUUGAUUCGGAGAAGUCAAGUACUUCCAUAUUCCCCUCUCGACAGAUACAUAAGGCCCGAUCAUCUGUCAUGCUCUCUCUAGGGCCUUUUUAAACACAAAACCAUUCUAUAAUCUCCCCCGCCCCCGUGCAUUAUUCUCCAUAAAUAUUACCACCAUGGUCAAAGCCAUUGCCGUCACUGCUCCCAAGACUAUCUCCGUGGUGAGCGACUGGCCCAAGCCUACCAUCCGUCAUGACUGCAUCCUCGUCAAAGUGGUGAGCGUCGCGCUUAACCCCACUGACUGGAAAACCGCCCUUCGAAGCUCUCCCAUCGUCACUGUUGGCUGUGACUACGCCGGCAUUGUAGAAGACGUUGGCCCUGCCGCCACGAAACCCUUUCGGGCCGGUGAUCGCGUCUUUGGGGUCAUUCGCGGCUGCAACCCCAAUCUCCCCUACAAUGGAGCAUUCUCCGAGUACGUCCUCGCUCCAGGUGAACUGCAGUGCGCCAUACCAGAAAACCUCAGCUUCCAGGAAGCUGCAACCCUAGGUGUCGGCAUGGGCACCAUUGCUCAAUCUCUGUACCAAAGCUUGCAGCUCGCACCGUUUGAUCAUCCUCUGGCCCAGCCGGAACCGAUUCUCGUCUACGGCGGUGCGACGGCCACAGGGACUCUGGCAAUUCAGUUUGCGAAGCUGUCCGGCUACGAGGUGAUUACGACGUGUUCGCCCGAGACUGAGGAGCUAGUGAAGAGCCGUGGUGCCGACCAUGUCUUUGACUACAAGGAUCCCGAGGCGGCUGAUAAGAUCCGCGACGUUACGCAGGAUCGUCUGAAGUUGGUGCUGGAUACCAUCUCGACAGACGAGACGGCGGCAUUUUGUGGACGGGCUAUGAGCUCCCAGGGCGGUGAUUAUACGGCGAUGAUAGACAGCAAGGUGCCUCGUGCGGAUGUGCGCAGUCGCUGGACGCUGGGGUAUACGGUUUUCGGUGAGGAGUUGACGUUUCGGGGUGGGCGUAUCCCUGCGAAACCAGAGGAUCGGGCUUUUGCGUCAGAGUGGCUGGAAAAGGCGGCCAAGUUGUUGGCGGAUGGCAAGGUUGUUCCUCAUCCUGUGCAGCUUGGGGCUGGCGGCUUGCAGGGUGUUAUUGAAGGUCUGAAACUCUUGAGGGAAGGUAAGGUCAGGGGGUACGUGCUUCCAUAUGAGUCCUCCACGCGUUAUCGUUGGAGUCAAUACAGCCUCCUCUCCAUCUCAGCACCCCCUCGCCAACCUCAACUUUCUACCAUACAAUCCAAUCGAUUCGGUCCUCGAGUGCUCCACUGCCGAGGGGACUUCGACUUCACCCUACUGUUUGAAGAGUGCUUCUUCUCCAUCCCUCCUUCGGCAUUACAUCUAAUUGUGCUUCCAUUGCGCUACAAACAGCUAUGGAAACAUCGGACGGCCAUCGUCUCUCAAAGCCGGGCAUACUGGGCUAAAUUAGUCUCGGCUCAAGCCUUUGGUGCAUUGCAAUUUUUACUUCUAGGUUUAUGGCUCCUCCCUCACACGCCACGAACACAGACAUCCCUGGUAGCUGCGGUUCUGACCUUCAUCACAUCUGUUGGCCUACUGUUCCUAUCACAUCUGGAGCACCUAUAUUCUGUGCAGCCCUCUUCACUUCUGAAUCUUUUCCUAUCAUGGACAAUUGUCUUUGAUGCCACAAUAUCUGUCGAGGAACUGCCGUACCUUGAUCGAGCUCUUUCUGCGAACGAAUUACAUCGGAAGUUUUCCACCCAAUGGUCUUCGAUGCCGAAAACGUAUAAAAAUGCAUUAGCCUAUUGCGCUGUCCGCACAUUCAGAGCUUCGGUCUUCUACUCUUUCCUGUCGAGGCUGAUGAGAAUUGGGCUGGAUUAUACGCAACCUUUCUUGAUAUCCAGAUUAACCAUUUAUGUUGGCCAGAAAAAUCCUAGUAAAGACGAUGGGUAUGGCCUGAUUGGUGCGUUUGCGCUGGUAUUUAUACUGAAAGGAGUCAUGAACUGUCUUUACGAGCACUAUAUAUUUCGCCUCAUAACGCAAAUACGCGGUGCUCUCGUAUCUGUCAUCUAUGAUAAGACACUCGAGCUGAAAUACGACGAGUACACUGACUCGGCAGCGCUGACUCUAAUGAGUAAUGAUAUAGAUAACAUUGCAUCGGGCAUCCAGAAUGUGCAUGAGGUCUGGGCGAGUCCCAUAGAAGUGGGCAUUGCACUAUACCUGCUGCAGCGUCAGGUAGCUUGGGCUGCUACAGUUCCUGCCGUUCUUUCUAUCCUGGUCUUCUGUUGCACUCAUUUCUUGUCGAAGUCUGCACCGGGAAGGCAGAAGGUAUGGAUGCAGGCUGUCCGUGAAAGAGUUGCAUUUGCUUCGAGUUAUCUCGAUGCGAGUUUAACUAUCAAGAUGCUUGGCCUUCAGGAUCAUUUCUCUAGAAUGCUACAGCAACUCCGCAUUGACGAGCUUGAUCGACAGUCGAUAUUUCGCCACCUGAUGGUGAAAAUGAAUUUGCUCGCGGGCACAACAACCAACCUCAGCCCUGUUCUCACACUCAGCCUUUUUACUGGUGUUGCACUCCAUACCGGACGAAGUCCAUUAACAGUGGCUCAAACGUUCUCAUCUCUGUCAAUAAUUUCUCUAUUGAGCGGUCCUUUGUCAAACCUGGUCUAUUCCGGCCCAAAAGCUAGUGCAGCCUUGGAAUGCUUUCAGAGGAUCCAAGCUUACUUGCUGGCAAGCCCCAGGCUUGAUGAUCGAGUUAUAUCGCAAGGCCAUCAUAAAUUUCCCAAGCAUGGAAAUUGGGCUGAAAUCAACGCUGAGGGGACAGUGUCCAUUGAGCUUCAGCCUCCAAACCCAUCGGAUCGAGGACUUCUGCACGGUUCUGUCGCAGCUGAGUCGGACUUGCUGCAUAUACACCAGGCUGAUUUUGGUUGGGAUCGGAAUUUGCCAGCUACAUUGUUGAACAUCGAGCUGAAAUUUCCUCCUUCAUCGCUUACCAUAAUUACUGGGGCCGUUGGAUCAGGAAAGAGCACUUUGCUUCAAGCGAUUCUCGGCGAGGUCUGGAUUCGCAAUGGAUCCAUCUGUGAUAACAUUUGCCAACCCUUGCCUUUUGAUGAGCAAUGGUACCGAACAGUGCUCUAUUCCACUGCGCUUGACCAAGACAUCGAGAGCUUUGCCCUCAAAGAUCACACAGCCAUUGGCAGUAAUGGUAUGGCAACUAGUGGCGGACAAAGGCAACGGAUUGCUAUUGCCCGUGCUAUCUAUGCACGCAAGCAGCUAGCUCUUUUCGAUGACGUCUUAAGUGCUCUAGAUGCGAAAACUUCAGGGCAAGUCUUUCAGCGCGUUUUUGGGACACAGGGCAUCUUGCGCCGUCAUGGAGUUGCUGCUAUCUUAGCCACUCAUGACCAGAAACUUCUUGCCUUUGCUGAUAAUGCUGUCUUGCUUCAAAACGGAGUGAUUACGGAACAGGGUCCUCCGCAAUUGCUCCAAUCACAACAACCAUCGGAUGGAUCAGCAGCCACUUCGCACUCAACCGACGAGCGCCAAGUAGCAUUGCCAAAUCAGGCAGCUCCAGGCAUUGUGUCUUCAGAUGCUGACGAUAUGAACAGGAAGACAGGCGACCUGAGCAUAUAUGCAUACUACCUCCGAGCUGCCGGCCCUUGGCAUGUAUCAAUCUAUUUUGUAUCCUUAAUUAUAGGAGACUUUUGCUCUCAAUUUCCCAGAAGCGAAGAUCUUUGGGUCCAAUGGUGGGGAGAAGAAAAUGCUCGGACGCCGUUCGGAAGGCUUGCCCUUUAUAUCAGCGUAUAUGCUGUUCUGGCCGCUGUAGGAGCUGCACUGUGGGCAUGGUGCAUGUGGCUGGUCUUUUGCCGCAUUGUCCCGACGUCCUCCAACAGGCUCCAUGAAUAUCUGGUGAUGAAGGUUAACAAGGCUCCUUUGCAUUGGCUCACCUCCACAGACAGCGGUAUCACCCUGAAUCGCUUCAGUCAGGACAUGACUCUAAUUGACCGAUCACUUCCUGCUGACUUUCUUAAAACAUCGCGGAACUUCACACAAUGCUCAAUGAGCGCUGUAUUCAUCUGCGUUAGUACUAAAUAUAUGGCUCCUCUGAUCCCCCUAUCAGCCAUUGUGGUUUACUCGAUCCAGAAGUUCUACCUCCGAACAUCACGACAACUUCGCCAUCUGGAUCUUGAGAGCAAGUCACCACUGUACACCCAGUUUACCGAGACGCUAAAUGGACUUGUCACCAUACGCGCGUUUGGCUGGCAAGACAGCUUCCGUGAAGAGCACCAAGAAUUGCUCCAAAGAUCGCAACGGCCCUACUAUAUGCUGUUUGUCAUACAGCGUUGGCUUAUUCUUGUUCUGGAUCUUUGUGUUGCCGGUGUUUCGCUUAUCUCUCUAAUCACAUUCAGCCAGCAGCUGUCGGAAUUGAUCAAUUUCUGGACAUCCAUGGAGACCAGUAUUGGUGCAGUCACACGUAUCCGCAGUUUUCAAAAGGUUCCUUCAGAGGAUCUUCCUGGAGAGGAAGCAGUUCCUCGUGCUGAUUGGCCAUCAGCCGGCCACAUAGCUUUCCAAAAUGUCAGCGUAGGCUACGAGCUGGACUCUCCGCCUAUUCUUCAACAACUAACAUUGACCGUCCCUGCUGGUUCCAAGCUAGGGGUAUGCGGGCGUUCUGGAAGUGGUAAAAGCUCUCUACUUCUUACCAUUCUUCGCAUGGUUGAGAUACAAAGUGGUGAUAUUAGUAUUGAUGCCGUGAGUCUACAGUCAUGCCCUCGUGACUUCAUCCGCAAUCAGGUUACAGUGAUACCUCAAGAGCCCGUCCUCUUCCGGGGCACUAUCCGUGACAAUAUCACUGGGUUCAGCCCCAUGUAUGAUGAAAAUGUUAUCAAUGCACUACAAAAAGUGCAACUGUACGAGCAUGUCCAGAACUCCGGGGGACUCGAUGCUAAGAUCGAUCAACUCCCCUUAUCAGCCGGUCAGCGACAGCUCAUUUGCCUCGCUCGAGCUAUUGUUAAGAAGAGAAAGAUCUUGCUGCUGGACGAGGUCACAAGUCGUGUGGAUAAUGGGACAGAUUCCUUGAUGCAAGAGGUAAUCCGCACUGAGUUUGCAGGCUGCGCUAUUAUUGCAAUUGCGCAUAGGAAUUCUACCCUUCUUGAUUACGAUCAGAUUGCUGUCAUUGAUGGAGUGCCUGCCGGUAUGGGCUACGGCGGAAGAUGCUCGAGGGCAUCAGAGACACCGGGAGCAGACUGGGAGAGGGGAGCUCAUCCUUUUCAGAAUUACCCAAUAUCAAGGGUUUGA